AUGAAGAAUUAAGGAGUCUUUGAUCCAACAGCUUUAGAAAGAGCAGCACAAGUAUUUCUUAUUAAACUAUUAUUUGAGGCCUUACGUGAGCUAAAUUAGUCACCUCAUGCAGCAAAAGCCCUUGAAGCCAUGAUUAAGACUGAAGAAGCCAAAAGGGCAGAUAAACAAGCAUUACAGAAAUAACAUGAGAUUUCAAAGGUCAAGGUUGAAGGAGAAGAAAGAAGGAGAAAUAUGGAUCAUCAAAAAUAGGUUAAUCAAUAGAUUGCAGAUUAUAAUGAUAAAUUGGAAAGAGAUAGAACCAAAGAUAAAUUGAAAGAGAAAGAGUUGACUGCUCAGAGAAUGAGAGAAGAGGCUGAAGAAUCUAUAAAGAGAUAAGAAAAUAUGAGGAGAGAAACGUUAACAAUGCAGAUGAAGAAAUAAUUUGAAUUAGAGGAAAAAAAAAUCACCUUGCAAGCUAAACUAAAUGCCGAGAAUUAUAGAAAGAAUUUUGAUUUAAUUAUUUAAGAAUAAGAGAAGAAGGCUUAGAUAGAAAAAUAGGCUAAAAUCGAAUUACAUAAUCUUUACUUUGUUAAAUUCUAAGAGGGAUUCAAAUAUUUGCAAUAGAACCCCUAAGGUCUCUUUACCAUAGCAAAAGUAAUGUUAUUUGUAAGUGGAGCCUUUUUCUUUAGUAAGUACAGUUUAGGACUUGGAUUUAAGAGAUUGGAAGCCAUGCUUACAAAACCUACUUUAGUCAGAGAAACUUCUCGUCGCUCAUUAAAAUGGAUGAUGCCUAGUUCUAAACGAAUAUUCGAUAAAAUAGUCUUAAAUCCUGAAUUGGAAGUCACUCUUAAAUUGAUUACAUCUGGAUUUAUAGCCAAAUAAAGUUAAUCAGCUCCUUUGAGAAAUCUAUUAUUUCAUGGUCAACCAGGAACAGGUAAAACUCUCUUUGCCAAAUUGCUUGCUUACAAUUCAGGAUUGCAUUUUGCUAUAAUUUCAGGUGGGGACAUAGAAAAAUUAGGAGAAUAGGCUGUUCCAGAGAUCGAUAAAUUGUUUGCUUGGUGUAAUUCUACUCCUAAAGGAACACUUAUAUUUAUUGAUGAAGCUGAGGCUAUUUUUUAUAAAAGAAGUUCUUCAAAGUAAACAUCUGCUGCCUUAUCCACAUUUUUGGCUUAGACUUCUGCAGCUUCAAAGAAAUAUUCUUUAAUCUUAGCAACCAAUUUACCAAAUAAAUUAGAUGAAGCCAUUUUGGAUAGAAUCGAUUAAAUUGUUAAAUUUGAUUAUUUGAAUGAAGAACAAAGAGUUAAGUUAUUAAAGAAAGGGUUUGAAGAUACAUUCUAAAAGAGUAACAUGCUUUCCUUGAUUUUAAAUCCAGCCAAAGCAUUUUCAAAAAGAUUCACAGUGAAUUUCAAUCUGUCAGAGGAUGAAAUCUUAUCUUUGGCAAAACAAAUGGAAGAUUUCUCUCCAAGACAGAUUGAUAAAUUUAUUAUUUCAUUAUAUGAUGCAGCUUUAGGUUAGUGCAUUAUUGAUAGACAAAACCAAUAUUGUGUGGAUGUAGGAUUUGCUAAUAAUAUAUUACAAAGAUCACUUUAUGAGAAUUCACUCAGAUAAUAAUGGUCAACAUAAAUUUGA